AUGAAGGAAGCCAUUGUCAACCCCGACCUGUCCGUCGAGGUCAAGGACUCACCCAUUCCCGAACCAGGGCACGGGGAGCUUCUCGUCAAAGUCAUCGUCUCAGGCACAAACCCAAAGGACUGGAAGCUCCCUUUUUGGUUCCAGGCCGCCUCGAACUCGGGCGAUGACGUAGCUGGCACAGUCGAGAAGGUCGGCUCCGAGGUUUAUGAGUUCGCAAAGGGCGACCGCGUCGCCGGGUUCCACAUCAUGCGCACCGCCAACGGCAGCUUCGCCGAGUACGCCAUCGUCCCCGCCUACACCACCUUCCACCUCCCCGCGAGCGUGACCUUUGAGGAGGCGGCGACGGUGCCGCUGGCCGCCUACACGGCUGCCACGGCGCUGUUCCACUCGCUAGAGAUUCCCUCGCCUUGGGACCGGGCCAGGGAGACCAAGUCGCCUGUUGUCAUUUACGGCGCCAGCACAGCCAUCGGUGCCUUUGGCAUCAAGCUGGCGAAGAAGGCCGGCGUGCACCCACUGAUUGCCAUUGGAAGUAAAAACAGCGCUUUCGUCACUCCGCUCUUGGAAAAGGAGAAGGGGGACGUCUUUCUGGAUUACACGCAGUUCGAGUCGCAGGACAAGCUGGCGGAGAAGCUGAGAGAGGUCAUCAAGGAGACCGGGCUGCGAUCAUUCAGGGUGUUUGACACGGUCAGCGAGAAGGGGUCGUACCAGAUGCUCAGCAAGGCUAUCGCGGGUGCGCCCGAGGAGGGCACUGGUUUCAAGCCGAGGAUCACGACGGUGUUGCCCGGCAAAGACUUUAGCGACGUCGACCCCAGCGUCGAGGUCAUUGUCACGAGCGUCGGCUUUGUGCACGAGGAGGAGAAGCAGGGCCGGCUGUUUGGAUUGAUCUGGGCGAGGGUCUUUGCAGAGGCGCUGAGGACGGGAUGGAUGAAGGCACACCCGUACGAAGUUGUCAACGGCCUGGAGGGAGUCCAGAAGGCUCUCGAGGGGCUGAAGAAUGGCACCGUCCGCGCCAAGAAGAUGGUCAUCCGUGUCGCGGAAGACAAUUGA